AUGUCUUCUCUCGAGUCACUACGGAACAGGGAGCUCGCCGAAGAAAUCGAAGCCAUCAAUGCCAUCUUCGACCCGACCACGAUCGACGACGUGACCAGCACGUCGUCCGAGAGCAAUGCCCCUCCCACCCUGGACCUGGGCAGUUCGGGUGUGGUGUCUGGCGUGACGACGACGGUGAAACUGCAGAUCCCGAACCACCCUCAGCUGUCCUUCAUUGUCGGCUUCGAUGCGCAGUAUCCCGAGACUCCGCCUCGCGUCAUCGGCACCGCGUCGACGGCGUCGCGGGGUGAGGGCAGAAUCGCCGUCGAUGUGCUGGAGGAUAUUGUGCGACGCACACAUCAGCCGGGACAGGUCUGUCUGUUCGAAGUUAUCAACGAAGCGAAUGAGAAAUUUCAGGAAUUGAGUAUAGGCGGCGGCGCGAAGCAAGUCCAGGACGGGAACGAUGAUUCUAAGCUAGACGGUCAGGAGGCAGCUGGAGGAGACUCAGCCCAGGCCGUCGCAGACUCGCUUGCAACGCUGUCUUUUCGGGACACAUUUGGCAUCGAUAGUCCGCCCGACUGGGUACUGUCGGACGUCGUCACGGAGAAGAAAUCCGUCUUUCUUGGUAGGGCGGCGCAUGUCACGAGUCUGGCGCAGGCGGAGGCGUUCCUGGACCAUCUCAUCGCGACGGACAAGAGGGUGGCGGCUGCGACGCACAAUAUCAGCGCGUGGCGCAUCCGGGAGAAGAAGUCGUCGGACCCGUCUGCGGAGACUAUUGUUCAAGACUGCGACGACGACGGCGAGACAGCUGCGGGAGGUCGGCUGCUACAUCUGAUGCAGCUGAUGGACGUGUGGGACGUCGUGGUGGUGGUGUCGCGGUGGUAUGGCGGCAUCAAGCUGGGGCCGGAUCGGUUCCGGAUCAUCAACAACGUAGGGAGGGACGCGCUAGUGAAGGGAGGUUUUGUGAAAGAAGGAUCGGGGAAUGACAAGGGGAAGAAGAAGGGUAAGAAAUGA